AUGAGUGACCGAUAUCUAGAACAAAGGAUUAGUAUCAAAUUCUGCGUGAAAUUGAACAAGUCUGCAAGUGAAACUCACCAUCUUUUAAAAGAAGCUUAUGGGGAUGAAGUCAUGUCAAGGGCCAGAGUUUUCGACUGGCAUAAAAGGUUUAAAGAAGGGCGAGAAGACAUUCGAGAUGAUGCCCGAAGUGGUCGUCCAGUCACCCACCGGACGGAUGAAAAUAUCCAGAAGGUCAAGGACUUGGUUUGUUCGAAUAGGCAGUUAACUGUGAGGAUGAUGGCUGAAGAGUUAAAUUUAGAUAAAGAAACCGUUAGGCUCAUUCUGAAAGAAAACUUGAAUAUGAGGAAGGUAUCUGCAAAAGUUAUAUCGGGUAUUUUGAAGGAUGAGCCUAAACCUCGAAAACUUGACUUUCGGUCUGAUCAUUCAAAGGAAACUAGGAAAAAUAGCUCAUGUGUGAGGGAAAAAGUAACAAAUUCUGAACCAUGGAGUCAUCUCCAGUGCGAAGCUGGUGGGGAAAUGCCUCUGCUUGUAUCCCAUCCCAAAAUCCCUCCUGCCAGCCAGCUGCUGCAGACUUCAUCUUCAACAAGCCUUCCCAGCAGGGCGGCUCAGGAUUGGUUCACACCGUGGUGAAAGGAAUCUGGGGUAGCUGAACCCAAACUAGAAAGCUGCCUCAAGGUUAGGCACCUUCAUUUGCCGCUCAUCUAUUUUCAGCUUCUUUAUGACUCCUCUCUACAUGUCAUGGCCCUGCAACUUACUCUUUGCUGGACUCUUGGGUCAUCUUCCUUGCUGUUCUCCACAACUUUGAAGAAC